CUCAACGUUACAAAUCAACAGGACGCGCGUAGGCAGGAGAGAUUAUCUUAUCUUAGUACUCCCUUAAUACAAUGUAAUUCACCCACAUGCGACGGCAACACAAACAGAUCGACUAGUGCUAGGCAAGGCUCCUUCCAUUUGGUUUAAAAGCGAUGAGGAUCGGCCACAAAGGAGCUGCCUAACUUACUCUACUCUAGAACUAGAAGCUCAAGAAGAGAAUCAUCAUCAUUUCAUCCAUCCAUCCCUCAGUCAAACUCAGUCCAAUACCACCAACCAACCAAGUGUUGCUCCUCCAUCCAUGGCGUCUCUGCUCCUCAAGGGCGUGCACAAGCGUCUGGGCCUGUCGAACCUCUCCUGCUCCUCCGCCGACGCCACAAGCGUCGUCGUCUCCGGCACCGGCAACAGCAGCAGCCGGAUCAUCGACCGCCACUCGCCGCGCCUCCGCGACCCUCACCGCUCCUCCGCCUCCAAGCCACCACCCUUUAGCAGGCCAGUCAGCAGCAGCAAAGAAGACUCGAGCUCCUCCAGCCCCAAGCAGCAUGGCGACGGCAACGGCAGCAAGAAGAAGAAGAAGCAACACAAGGAGAGCACGACGAGUGCAGGCAAGAGGCUGGCGAGCCCCGCGACGUCGUCCAGGUUCCUGCUCAACUCCUCCAGGAUGAACUCGGACGACGUCGACCAGCUUCAAGUGGCGCUUCCGCCUCCGCCGCCGUCCUUGAUCGACGUCUUCCCCGGCACCGAUGAUACGGUGGCUCCAUCCGUUGGCAAGGACCUGGCGCCGAGGCAAUUCCUAGCAGAGUCGUCGUCGUCGUCUGCAGGCGGGUCCUCCUCCUCUGCUUCAGCUUCUGGUUCGUCGUCGUCAGAGAUCACCCCUGCUGCUGCUGCAGGCAGAGAGGAGAAGCUGGAGCGAGGUGGAGAAGCCGUCAUGGCGAGGUCGUGCUCCACGACAGCAGCAGCAGGCCAGGUGGUUGUUCUGAAGGUGUCUCUGCACUGCAAGGGAUGCGCGGGGAAGGUGAAGAAGCACAUCUCCAAGAUGGAAGGCGUCUCCUCCUUCCAAAUCGACAUCGCCACCAAGAAGGUCACCGUCGUCGGCGACGUCACGCCGCUCGGCGUGCUCAACAGCGUCUCCAAGAUCAAGGCAGCCCAGUUCUGGCCUUCCAAUUCUUCUUCUUCUUCCUCGCCGCCCCGCGCUUCCGCGUCCUUCUAGCUACAACCUUGUGAAUCCUAGCUCCAUGAAUUCAAGUUACCAAGAAGACAAGUUGUGCUCUACUCCACUAGCUAGCCAGAGUACGUGUCCAAGUACGUACGAGACGUGCGUGCGUACGUUCUGCAGCUCCGUCUCUUUCUCCCUUCUUUCCUUUUUUUUCAUUUUUUCUGAAAUAUCAUUGUAAAACCAAAAAAAAGGAAAAGGGAAAAGCUUUGUGAACAAAGUGGGAAAAGUCGAAUAUAUCCUGGUGCCUGUUUGCCAAUCUCUCA